ACGCCUAAUGAACGCCUCGAGUGAAGAGGUGGCCAAACACUACUGUCAGGCCCUCGAGUACUUCACAAUGAGGAACCAUGAGGUCAAACAUCGCAAGAGAAUCGAUUAUAGCCGCUAUAGUACUCGGGAAUGCGAUUCCAAUCGAUCCACAGAUAAUGAGGACAGUCAGGGCGCGCACACUGAGUACUUCAUGUCAGGAGCGAGUUGUAGCAAAAAGGGAGACCUGUUUGACAUGACUCCGGCAGAACUG